UGUUGUCCUCGUUAUUAACCUAUUUGAACGGUUAUACUCGCAGGUAACGUAGGAAAUGAUAUAUGAUACUAUUGUUGUGGGAGCGGGGAUAGAGGGAUCAGCUACGGCCUACCAUCUGGCAAAACAGGGCCAAACAACACUACAGUUAGAACAGUUUCCUCUUCCACACAACAGAGGUAGUUCCCAUGGGCAGAGUAGAAUUACAAGAAAGGCUUAUGGCCCAAAAGAACAUUACACCAUUAUGAUGAAGGAGGCCUUCAAACUAUGGGAAGUUCUAGAAAGAGAAAGCAAAACUUCUGUAUUUAGACAAACAGGAAUGCUGACCAUGGGUACAACAGAUAAUACUUUUGUUAAUGGCACUAUACAGUCGCUGAUAAAACACAAUAUGGCGAUGGAUAUUUUAGAUUCGACCCAGGCCAAGGCCCGGUUUCCUAUGGUAUCAUUUCCAGACGACUUUACAUUUGUGUUAGAUCACAGUGGGGGUAUACUUCGAGCAGACAAAGCCCUUAAAGCUUUUCAAGACCAGUUUCAGAAAUUUGGUGGAGAAUUACACGAUGGAGAACCCAUGGUUAACAUUUUACCAGGGGACGUAAUAACAGUACAGACAACUAAAGGUUCAUACAAAUGUCGAAGUCUGGUGUUAACUGUUGGUCCAUGGGCUACGAGGAUUCUACCUGCUAUUGGUGUAAAUGCACCUCUGAAGCCAAUGAGAAUUAACGUGUGUUACUGGAAAGAGAGAACGAAGGGAGAAUACGGUGCUGAUAGAUUCCCAGUGUUCUUCCAGAUUCCAGCAAUAGACGGAUACGAAGUGUAUGGACUACCCAGUGAAGAAUACCCUGGGCAUGUUAAGAUCUGUUUACAUGCAGGACCGGAGAUAGACCCAGACAAUAGAGAUGCUGCAGAUGAUAAAUGGGUGAUAGAUAAAAUAUCUGAAUAUGUAGCCAGACAUUUUCCAAACUUAGUUCCUUCGCCUAGUAUUGUCGAAACAUGUAUUUAUACGAUGUUACCUGACGAAGACCUUAUUUUAGACACCCAUCCAUCGUGGAAGAAUAUCAUAAUCGGAGCGGGAUUUUCAGGACAUGGAUUCAAGCUGGCACCAGUUGUGGGAAAAGUCUUAGGAGAACUGGCCAUGGGAAAGUCACCAUCAUAUGAUCUCACGCCUUGUAAAAUUAACAGAUUUUUCCCGAAGUCCAAAAUAUAAAUGUGAUAAAUACAUUUGAUUAAAUGACUAAUACCUAUUCAUGAUGCUUAAAAAUAACAAUACCAUAUAGUAUUUAGGAUGGUAUAAUAAAAUUAAAAACAAACUAAACGUC